AUGCCGGGCAAGCGAAAGUAUAUUGAGAGAGUUGUCUCUUGUAGGAAUACGCUGUUCGUAUGUGAUUUCUUCACCAUCUCGUCUUCCAUUUUUGCGACGAUUGCUCAAGUUGUGGAUUGUACACCGAGAUCGACGCGACUACGACCCCAACAGGACCAAGAUGUCUUCGUCAACUUCAUUCAGCCUCGAAUUUGUGAGCACAUUAGCUUGUAUUUGUCGUUACUUCAGACGUUUUUCGUCGAGAUUGUUCCGUUUGUUGUUAUGAUGUUGAAGCGAUGA